CUGCAUAAAACCAUAUCAUUGUCAAAAUAUUCUUGUCAAAUUGUGACGUUAUCGUUUGGGUAGGUGUAACCUGCCAUAGAAUCGGAACACUGCCAACCUGGCAGUGUGAGGUGUUUCGGACACACCUAUUCGGAUAGGUUGAAGUUUUGGAUUUCUGAUGUUUGAGGUUGCAAUUAGAGUCUUGUCAGUGAGGCAUACGUAUCGUUUGUCAGUAGCUUCUUAAAUUGAAUAUGAGUCAAUUAGUGUGAUGUUUCAUGACAAGUGACUAUUUGGACUAGACAAGUGACGAACUUUGUGUGACAAUUUUGUAAGUUUGAUUGGAUGAGGGAGGUAUUUCAUUUUCCAGUGAUUAACAGAAUUUAACACCCUGUAAGCCCAGUGGUAGAAGAAGAGUGUCUGCUUUGGGGCUGAACAGGGAACAACAUUAAGUGUAUUACAUAAGCACAUAAGCAGAGUGGUCAGAUGGAAGAAGGGAAGAUGAAGCUCUCCCACUACCGGUCACCCUCAGACCCGGGGAUCUCCAAACUACAGAACAACAACCAAAACCAUGGAGGAGGUUAUGUGGUGCCAUAUACAGACUCUGAGAACCAGUUCCUCAUCUGGCUACAUGCAGUCAGCGUUAACUAUCUGAGUUUGACCCACACACAGAAGAUACGAACCCUUGAUACAUUUAUAGGGCUUCUUGGCUCUAGAGAGCUGGUGUAUCUGUGUGAUGUGUUACCACGGCUACUGUACCGGGACUUCCUGCGAUUGUUGCCGACGGAGAUCAGUGUACGCAUUCUCAUCAUGCUUGACGAGAAGAGCCUGCUUAACUGCUGCCUUGUCUCCAAAUACUGGAACCAGCUCAUAAACAGUUUUAAGGAGGUUUGGGUUCACAUGGCACGGCGGGUAGGAGCCCGGAUCAUCACAGAACCUUACAUACCCAUCCACCAGUACAAGAGUCUCUUCAUACAGUCGACUACGCUCGUGCAGCACAUGAAGGACAGUUCUGCAUUCAAGGUCAUGACCUUGGAAGGUCACAGAGGCAGGGUCAUGGCCAUCACACACAAUAGGGACAUGUUGGCCACAGGUUCAGAUGAUCACACAGUGCGGUUCUGGGACAUUCAUACAGGUGAAUGUGUCAAAUUAAUUCACACUCACAGUGUCUCCUUCCUGCAAUUUGAUGACAUGUUCGUGUACACGGCCUCGUAUGACAACACUGCUGCAUGCUGGGACAUUGAAACUGGCCAGCUCAUGUGUCGAUAUGUCGGCCACAUAUCAGCAGUGUUUUGUUUGGAUACUAGACGCAGCAUUGACUUAAUAGUUACGGGCUCUGCAGACAAGUCUGUGAAACUUUGGCAACUAUCGUUUGGGACGUUACUCCACUCUCUGUCAGACUGGCACAAUGACUGGGUCACUCAUGUGAAGAUUCUGUCCUGUAGCAGCUCACAAGAUAAUGGAGAACCAAACCACGAGGAUAGGGACAUUCUAGAACACAGCACCUUACAGCUUGUGUCAGUGGACCGACAGGGCUGCUGUUUCUGGACGGUACGUAACAAUGAACAGGUUAACGUAAGUGUCACUCAUACCUCAGAAUGGUGCAUGAAUGUGCAAUCUAACACUUACAGUGAUGGCGUAUGUGUAAGUACUUGGAACAAACGUGAUCAUACGCAAGCUCUCUCAGCUUACUCAACCGAGACUGUGGAUAACAAGUGUAUGCCUCGACAUGUGACCUCGGUGACCUUGCCACCCGAACUUCCUGCUCGGCAGACUGUGCUUGGGUUAGGACAGAAGUUUGCCAUCUGUGUGGUUGAUGAGGGCUACAGCAGGGCUGUUGUGAUGGAUAUGCACUCCAAUAGGGUGAUGUUCUCCAUUCCUGUACCUCCAUAUAGGCCAACCCAGAAUGGUGCAUCAGCCGCGUUGGGCCCAGUGGAUUGGUUAGAUGGGUUUACAGAUUCCAACCGGAUGGGGCUGUUCUUGGCCCUAUGUCUCAAAGAUAACAACAUCCUUGUGCUAAAGUGGAAGGAGGGGCAGGGAUAGAAGGCAGUAUGGUGUUGCACUGAGGCUUAUAUGGACAAAUACAUACAAUUUUGCAUAAUUUCAAUAUAUAUGGAGAAGAUGCUAAUGUUUAAUUCCUGUCUUUUGAAAGUGCUUUAAACAUAUUUAGUAAUAAGUUCCUUACAAUAUGGUUUAAAAUUCUAAGGUAAUUCUCUGGUACCUAUUAUGUUCGGUAAUUCUCCACAUAAUGUGCCAUUAUUGUUACAUUUAGUUGGAAUGGAUUAUCAGGUAUAUUUACGAGUGUAUGUUGAGGCAAACAGCUAUCAUGUAUGAUUAUGUUUGAGCAAAAGGUUAUCAUGUAUAUAUUAAACCCAACAGUUAUCAUAUUUAUGUACAAGCAAACAGCUAUUGCGUUGAUGUGCAUGCAAAUAUCAGGCAAACAGCUAUCAUGUUUUCAUUUGUAUGUACUAGCAAACUUCCAUAAUUCAAACGGCUGUCAUGUUUAUGUACACGAUCUAAUCAUGUUAAGUCCAUGUGCUCUUAAGUUUUGUGUAAAAUUGUUUUUUGAAUGUACUCAACCAAGGUCUACACAAAUUUAAACAACAAUACUUCAUAUAAUGUAAGUAGGGUGGUUUAUAAUUUACAAUAGAUUAUUGUUAUUUAGAUUUAAACUGACAUUGGCAUUUUUUGGACAUAAUCUAAAUCAUGAAAUUUUAUAUCUAUUAUAAUAUAAUCAUGUACUGAGUUAUUCAAAAUGAAUGAUCCUCACGACUGGAGAUGUUCAAGGAAAACAGUUUAUAUUUUUGCUAAAUGGUUUAGUUACAUUAUCAUGUAAAAAUAUUUUAUGUGUAUAAAGGGCUUGCGACGUUUAGAUUUACAUUAUAUGAUAGAGUUUAUGGUAUGUUGUACUGAUAAUUUAUUUUCUAUGCAUGUAUUACAUGUUGUUGUUAUAUAACUUCAUGGUUGAGGUGCUCCAUUGCAUGAGAUGGAUCCUACCAAAUGAUUCCCAUGUAUCAUGCACCCUGGUAUGCUGAUCUUUCAUGUACCUUGGUAGGCUGGUCUAUCAUGUACCCAGGUAAGCUGGUCUAUCAUGUACCCUGGUAUGUUGGUCUAUCAUGUGUACCCUGGUAAGCUGGUCUAUCAUGUUCCCUGGCAUGUUGGUCUAUCAUGUACCCUGGUAUGCUGGUCUAUCAUGUUCCCUGGUAUGUUGGUCUAUCAUACACCCUGGUAUGUUGGUCUAUCAUACACCCUGUAUGUUGUUCUAUCAUGUGUACCCUGGUAAGCUGGUCUAUCAUGUUCCCUGGUAUGCUGGUCUAUCGUGUACCCUGGUAUACUGGUCUAUCAUGUACCCUGGUAGGCUCGUCUAUCAUGUUCCCUGGUAUGUUGGUCUAUCAUGUUCCCUGGUAUGUUGGUCUAUCAUACUCCCUGAUAUGUUGGUCUAUCAUGUACCCUGGUAUGCUGGUCUAUCAUGUACCCUGGCAUGCUGGUCUAUCAUACACCCUGGUAUGUUGGUCUAUUAUGUACCCUGGUAUGCUGGUCUAUCAUGUACCAUGGCAUGCUUGUCUAUCAUACACCCUGGUAUGUUGGUCUAUCAUGUACCCUGGCAUGCUGGUCUAUCAUGUUCCCUGGUAUGUUGGUCUAUCAUACACCCUGGUAGGUUGGUCUAUCAUGUGUACCUUGGUAUGCUAGUCUAUCAUGUACCCUGGUAUGCUUGUCUAUCAUGCACCCUGGCAUGCUGGUCUAUCAUGUACCCUGGUAGGCUCGUCUAUCAUGCACCCUGGUAUGCUGGUUUAUCAUGUACCCUGGUAUGCUGGUCUAUCAUGUACCCUGGUAUGCUGGUCUAUCAUACACCCUGGUAGGCUCGUCUAUCAUGCACCCUGGUAUGCUGGUCUAUCAUGUGUACCUUGGUAUGUUGGUCUAUCAUGUGUACCCAGGUAGACUGGUCUAUCGAGUUCCCUGGUAUGCUGGUCUAUCAUGUACCCUGGUAGGCUCGUCUAUCAUGCACCCUGGUAUGCUGGUCUAUCAUGCACUCUGGUAUGCUGGUCUAUCAUGUAUACCCUGGUAUGUUGGUCUAUCAUGUGUACCCUGGUAUGUUGGUCUAUAACGUGUACCCUGGUAUGCUGGUCUAUCAUGUGUACCCUGGUAUGCUGGUCUAUCAUGUGUACCCUGGUAUGCUGGUCUAUCAUGUGUACCCUGGUAGACUGGUCUAUCGAGUUCUCUGGUAUGCUGGUCUAUCACGUGAACCCUGGUAUGCUGGUCUAUCAUGUGCCCUUGUAGGCUUGUCUAUCAUGCACCCUGGUAUGCUCGUCUAUCAUGCACCCUGGUAUGCUCGUCUAUCAUGUGUACCCUGGUAUGCUGGUCUAUCAUGUUCCCUGGUAUGCUGGUCUAUCAUACACCCUGGUAUGUUGGUCUAUCAUGUGUACCCUGGUAAGCUGGUCUAUCAUGUUCCCUGGCAUGUUGGUCUAUCAUGUGUACCCUGGUAAGCUGGUCUAUCAUGUACCCUGGUAUGCUGGUCUAUCAUACACCAUGGUAUGUUGGUCUAUCAUGUGUACCCUGGUAAGCUGGUCUAUCAUGUUCCCUGGCAUGUUGGUCUAUCAUGUGUACCCUGGUAAGCUGGUCUAUCAUGUACCCUGGUAUGCUGGUCUAUCAUGUACCCUGGUAUGUUGGUCUAUCAUGUUCCCUGGUAUGCUGGUCUAUCAUGUACCCUGGUAGGCUCGUCUAUCAUGUGUACCCUGGUAUGCUGGUCUAUCAAGUUCCCUGGUAUGCUGGUCUAUCAUGUACCCUGGUAUGCUGGUAUAUCAUGUACUCUGGUAUGCUUGUCUAUCAUGUGUACCUAAGUAUGCUGGUCUAUCAUGUACCCUGGUAUGCUGGUCUAUGGUGUUCCCUGGUAUGUUGGUCUAUCGUGUUCCCUGGUAUGCUGGUCUAUCACAUGUACCCAGGUAUGCUGGUCUAUCGUGUUCCCUGGUGUGCUGGUCUAUCAUGUACCCUGGUAUGCUGGUCUAUAAUGUGUACCCUGGUAUGCUGGUCUAUCAUGUCCCCUGGCAUGCUGGUCUAUCAUGUCCCCUGGUAUGCUGGUCUAUCAUGUACCCUGGUAUGCUGGUCUAUUAUGUGUACCUUGGUAUGCUGGUCUAUCAUGUACCCUGGUAUGCUGGUUUAUCAUGUACCCUGGUAUGCUGGUCUAUCGUGUUCCCUGGUAUGCUGGUCUAUUAUGUACCCUGGUUUGCUGGUCUUUCAUGUACCCUGGUAUGCUGGUCUAUCAUGUGUACCUUGGUAUGCUGGUUUAUCAUGUACCCUGGUAUGCUGGUCUAUCGUGUUCCCUGGUGCAUCAAUGAUUUUAUAUAAUGGUUUUGAGAAAGGUGGGGAAAAGAAAGUAUAGUUUAUUUUUGUAAUUGUUUAUCAUAAUAUUAUGCAUAUAUGGAUUGUUAAAAUAUUGCAAUGGCUCUUGAUUUAUGGUACAUGUUACUUAUGCUGAAGAAGAUUUCAUUACUAAGCUAUCACAUUUUGAGAAUUCCCAUGCUGAGAUACUGACUUGUGUCUAUUGUUGAAUUGUUGUUUAAACAAUAAACAUUAUUGUAUUGUUAUUAUUGGAAAAUAAACAAUAUGAA